AUGGUGCGGCGGGGAGGGGGCUGCGGGCGGGAUACAUGCCGGACAGGGGAAGGGGAUCACAUUGAAGGGCAAAGUUACAGAGUUUUGGAACUGCCAAAUUGUAUUAAAAUAACACUGACAUUUGUUUUCUUCUCCCUUACUGCAAACAUGAAGUCCAAUGGCAAAAGUAAAAAAUCGAAGAAAGAAGCAAAGCUGAGAGCUGAAGCCCAGUUAAGAGCUGAACAAGAAGAAGCAGAAAGACUUGAAAGGGAGAGACUAUAUCAAGAGCACUUGGAAAAGCUUGAAGCAAAGUAUCAAGGAGAGAAGGAGUCUGAACUAGCAGAACUUAAUUCACUGGAACAGAAGUUUCUUUCUGCACAGCAGUGGAAAAUGGAUUACAGAGAACAAGCCAAGUGGGAGCAUUACCUCAAAUGUGAUGGGACUCCUGACCCCACUAUACCUCAGGAGAUCAACACUUUCAUGAGCUUGUGGCGUGACGACCAAGAUGUGGACGUUCAGCUUGUGAUGGAGAAAGAGGAAGUGGUCCUAAAUUUGAUUGAGAAGUUGGAGUUUCUUCUAUUGGAAGCAUCACCAGAUGAGAUCACAGAAAAACAACGAGACCAGUACCAGGAAUUUAUUUUGCAAUUGCAGGUUCUGCUUCAUCAGAAGUACAAUGAGGCUACUCAGAACCUGCUCAAAGCAGCUAGUAUGUAUGAAGAUUUUGAAACUGGGAAUAUGCACACAGUCAUAAAGGAUAAAAAUACUACUUUCUGUAUUUGGGCCAAUCUGAAGAAGAAAGCAAGGUUCAAGAACCACAUGUUCCAGGAGGUGGGGCAUGGCUUUGACCUGCCCAAAUCCCUGGCUCUGAGCAGUGUGGCCAUUCGCGUCUUGCACACCUGCUACGACCACGUGUCUCCCUUGUGGGUGCACUGCCAAGGGCUGCCGAGGCCAGAGGCCUCAGACAGCGAGGAGUUAGCUGAGCAUCCAGAAGACACUGGGCAAGAACCAGGAGAAGAGGAGAAAGGCAUUAAAGAGCCCAAUGUGCCUGCUGCAGAAGAAAUAUGUUCUACAGGGAGGAAGGAGAGUGCUGCCUCACUGAAAGAAAAUAGCAAUAACACAGAUGAUAUAAAAGAGACAGAGGAGGAAACUGAGAUGAAUGCAGACGUCUUGGAUGUAACAUCACAAGAAGCGGAUGCGCUGCUGCAGGAGGAGGCAGGAGGCAGAGAAGAGGCACCCAGAGCUGUUGAUUUGCAGCAGCUGCUGCCCCUGGGGGGUGUGUACCACAUCCAUGCCCUGCAGCUGCCGCCCCAGGCCCGGGACGUCGGGGACUGGAGCAUGGUGGAGCUGCUGGAUGUUGGAUUGGAGGUGCAUCCAUAUUCCCCAGGAGAGGCUGAAGAUGGCACACAAUUUGCUGUACAGAUAACCCUGAAGCUCCCUGAUAAUGUGAUUUAUUUUAAAGUGCCUGUGGUAGCCCGAUGGGAUGCUGCAGGCCAGCAGUGGAGAACUGAUGGCAUCAGCGAGAUAACAUAUGAAGCAGAAGAAAAGAGCAUCACUUUUGGGAUGGGUGCCUUUUAUACAGUAGCCCUUUUCCAGGAUGCUCACCUGAACCUGCCCUAUCAGGCCUGGGAAUUGCACCCCACUGGGGUGGAUGAAGGACUCUUCACAGUUACUGCAGCCUUUGCAACCAUUCAGAUCCAAAUUAAGGAUAAUCAGUGUAUGUUGUCUUCAGUAGUGGUGGAAGAGGAGGAGGUGCUUUCCCACAUGACAGGAAAAUGGAUGAGUCCUUUUGCCCUCAGAGCAGCUUUGAAAAGAGCUGGAGUGAACAUUUUCCCAGCAGAGUACUCUCCCAAGUAUGUCCCUGUGCCCAGGAAGGCUGCCCUGGCAGAAGUGAAGGCCUAUGAGCAGAUGGCUCUGCUUGCAGCUGCUUUUGCUUUUGCUCACAGCAAGUGGAAUGGAGAAGCAGGGCCAGAGCGAGUCGUGUUCAAGGCAAGUGAACAUCUUACAGUGGGUUCUGCCAAAGACAACAACUGGUCUCUUUAUAUGUUCAAUGGUGAGAAAGUACAAAACCUCAAGCUCACUGAAACCAGUGAAGCUUUUACAGAAGAGCUGAAAGAAGAGUCUGAAUUUCACUCCACACUCCACCAUAUGCUCAAGGCUUCUGCCAGCAAUGAAGCCAUGGAUAAAGUGGAAAGAGCUGGCUUCCUGUUUAUUGAUUCUGUGUAUCAGCUGCUCCUUGCUACCAGAGUUUUAGCAUACUCUUAGAUACGGCAAGUUUUCCUUCAAAACUUUAUUAUCACAAGCUUUCAAAAAAGUUACAUUUCAAGUCUUAAAUCCUUUUCUGUUCAAAUCACUGAAACAGGUUCUAAAAUGCAAACAUUUUAUCUUUGUUCAAGCAAAAUAAAUUCUUUAUUCUCUUGUGGCUAGA